ACAUGAGGAGGAGCAAGAAUGGGCGAGAACGUUCUACCUUCCGGGAGUCAAACGUUGGAAGACCUACAGGGGAAUGUAGCUCACUGUGAGAAAGAGUUGCAAGUUCUGGACGGGGAAGAGAUGCGCAGAUGGCCGAGGUAGAGGCCCGCAUGGAGGUCACACAAAAGGCCAUCCAGCAGAAAAGGAAGGAGGCAGCAGCGAGGAAGAAACUGCUAGAUGGUGGGGCGGCCAUAGCUACGAAGUUGGAGAAGCAGGCAAAGGUAGAGGAGGAGCAAGAGGUGAAAGACGAAAUUGGAAUAUUGACUGAAGUUGCGCUCCAGGCCGCCCAGGAAACCGCAGCACUGCGCACCGCUGUUGACCGAUUAGCUGCACAGCACGACGAGUUUCGAGGAAAAUGGAAUAACUUCACCACCGCCACACUCCGCACAGUCAACGAUAAGGUGACCCAGGUCCUCAUGGGGGUAGAACGGUAUAUCGGCGAGACUUGUGUGUUGAAGAAGGGAGCUGGUGGAAGUGGUGGUCCCCCUGAUGGUAACGAUAAUGAUGAUGACAAAAAGGGAGUUAAGAAAGAAAGGAGACAAGGGAAGGAGAAGAAGGAUGAUGAAGAUGAGGAGGAGGCCAGGGACAAGAUGAAGAUGAAGAUGCCCUGGACUUAUAACAGCGCUCGAGUACUUUGCAAUGGCACUGCCCGAGCCUCGGCGAAGCUUCUGAAUGUGUAUAGAGGGAAUUGGAAGAGUGUGCACGCCUUGAAGGCGUAUAUGGAUGAGUUGUUGCAAGUUCCUGACCACGGUGUCACGCUGAAGCAAGCGCUCGAGUACUUUGUCAUGGCACUGCCCGAGCCUCUUAAGGCGCAGAUGUAUCCGCAGGUUGCUGCAGAAGAGGCUAAUUAUGCCAAUUUUAGUGAGGCGCUGGACCGAUGGGGGUUCCUGGCGCAGGCCAACUUCCACUAUUUCAAGGACAUCGAGAGGGGGGAGAAGUGGAAGGGCAGGAUGAACUCUGGCAACGUGCAGGCCGGAGACAAACUCUUGGUGACGUUUGAGGAAGGGGGUGCAGAAGAAAUCCCCCUUGAGCAAGUAGAUUACGGUCACCUAGAGUACGAGCAGCAGUUCCAGGGCGGUCAAGUCGUUGUAGGAGGCGACUAUGCGACCGUAGCAGCCCAUGGGGAAGAGCAAGGAAGAGGAGGUCGGGGAAGAGGAGGCCGAGGUGGAAGAGGAGGAAGAGGGGGAAGGGCUACUCAGGGGUUUGGAGGCCGAGGGGUCUUCCAAGCGGGUGAUAGGGGCUAUGGUACCUCGCAAGGUGGGUGCAAGGUCUUCUCCAAGAUUGAUCUCAAGUCUGGCUAUCACCAGAUUGAAGUCGAUCCUGCAGACCAGCACAAGACUGCGUUCAAAACACGCGAUGGGUUUUACGAGUUUACCGUAAUGCCCUUCGGUCUCACAAACACACCAGCCACCUUUCAAAGCCUCAUGGACAAGGUCCUCCGCAAACAGAUUGGUCGGUUCGUGGUGGUAUACCUUGAUGAUAUACGGAUCUUCAGCAAAUCCAUGGAGGAACACAUGAAGCACCUUGAGGAAGUGUUCACCAUCCUCAAGAAGACGCAACUCCAUCUCAACUUAGAGAAAUCUGAGUUUGGGAGGGAUAGUGUCAUUUAUCUUGGGCAUCGGUUGUCUGCUGCUGGCCUAGAGCCUGGGGCAACCAAGGUUGAGGUCAUACGCAAUUGGCCUCAGGACGCGAACAUCCGCGAACUGCGCUCUUUCCUUGGUCUCGCGUCGUACUACCGAAAGUUUGUGCACCGCUUUUCUAUUGUUGCUCGCCCGUUCUCCCGGUUAACAAGUAAGAAUGUUCCCUACGCUUGGGAUACCACAUGCGAGGACGCCUUUCAAGCCUUGAAAGAGGCUUUGGUAAUUUACCUUGUACUCCACAUUGCGGAUUCCAAACUGACAUUCAUAGUUACUACGGAUGCAAGCCAAUAUGGAAUUGGUGAAGUGUUGCAGCAAGAUGACGACGAUGACUUGCGGCCGCUCGAAUACUACAGCAAAUGCAUGCCCAGCGAAAAGGUAGCUACUUCCACCUACAUGCGUGAGCUCUAUGCUUUGCGUAUGGCUUUGAACCAUUGGAAGCACUAUCUUUUGGGACGCCACUUCAAAGUGUUCUCAUAUCAUGAGACUUUGAAGUGGAUCAAAGAUCAAACUACCCUGUCCCCUACAUUACUCCGUUGGUUCCAUGAAAUUGACAUUUUUGACUUUGAGUUAAGGCACAAAAAGGGUUGUUAUAAUCGAGUUGCUGAUGCAUUGUCUCGCCACCUUGAGUACAUGACAUGCCUUGUGAAUUCCUAUGACCUCCGGAAGAAACUGAAGGAGGAGAUCGUAGAGCACACUGCCAAGGAUCCGGACCUUAGUCCCAUCCUUGAGCAGCUGUGGGCUGAUCCCAGCAGUCAGCCUGAUUUUCACGAGUAUGGAGGACUGAUUUUCCGUCGCUACGGGAAUCACGACCGUUUGUGUGUGCCCAACCAUGAGCUUCUCCGCAUGCACUUUCUGGACUUGGCUCAUGGCUGGAGUGGAUACUUCGGCAUGGCAAAGACAUACGGAAACCUAUUGAGACAGUUUGAUUGGCCUGAAGGGAUCUGCUGAAAAGUUUGUGGCUGAAUGUCAAGUCUGUCAAUGAAUCAAACCAUGUAGA